CUCAACAUGCUCUCACACACACUCAGAUAUACACAUGCUGCCUCUCUCAUAUAGACCAGCAACCAUUCAUGUUGUUGGACUACUGCUGUCGCUGCUGUGGAGUCGCGCUCAUAAAACGCCAUGGACCCAUCUCCCUCAAGACUACACCCAGUGAUACCUGGGUUGUUCUGCAGAAUCUGUUGAUGUGCAUGGUUUGCUUCUACUCUCUCUACUACAUCGCGGUCAGUCUCUGCAUUGGACUGCUCAGGGUUCAUGAAAUCAACAGCUUGUUGGCUCCAUUCGACUACACCGCCCAACCGUCAUGGCAGAACCCCAAAUACCUGGUCGGAGUAAUUUCCACAGAAGUGACCUAUAUUUUGGGAGGACUGGUGUUUGCCUGGAUUGUGGAGGAGUGGGUUUGGGACUAUGCCAUAACUGUCACACUUCUCCACAUUGCAAUGACUGUAGCAGUGAUGUCAGACUUCCCUUCAGCUGAGCACUGGUGGAUGGCUCUGGGUACAGGCCUGGUAAUGAUGAUAUUUGGAGGACAGCUAAUGGCCUACAAAUUUUUCAGAAGCAACUUUGUCUAUCCGGCUGAACUGCAGAAUUUUUGAUGAAAAUGAAGCAUUUCACUGCAGACAGUGUUAUUACUGGUAUUAGCAACUAAAGUAUGUCAAUAAAGUUAUAUAUACUGUACAUAUUCUAAAGAGAACCACAAGACUGACUUUGUUUCCUUACCAGCUUAGUUCAGUUCAAGUAAUAGUCUGAUCCCACUUUGUACAAAUGGCCUACUUUUGUCUAUUUAACAUCUUUUUUUAACCUUUUCUGUACAGUUUAUUAUAUUUCAGUUUUGUAUUAUUUGUUUACACACUUAAAACUUUAAACAUAAGCUUAAAGCAACAGAUGUUACAGUUGGAAAAACUGUGAAUUAUAUACUACCUGUAAUCUACGGACUGAUAUGUGUGCAUAGAUAGUUUUUGUCUUUUUUUUUUAAAAAAAUUAUCAUUAUUUCUUAUGUUAGUGUAAGCUUCAGAAUUUGUUACAUAUAUUCACAUAUAAUUUGUUGCUCAACUGUGGCCACACAGUUUUGUCUAAAUAAACUCAGUGCACAUCUACACAAAAAUAACUUUAAUGUUUGUUAUAUUUACAAUAUUUAAAAUGUAUUUGGAAUUUGAAUUAAAGGUUUUAUGAACAAGGA